GAUAUGGCACAACAAAAAGAUGUGCGGAGAUCUAGCAGUUUAGAUGAAGAAGAUAAGUCAAAACAUGCCAAACUGUUUUCAGAAUUCAAGGCCGAGGAAUCAGCAUCGGAAAUCGUCUCAGUUAAUCCAUUCGAGUCCUGGGUCGCCCCUGUCGCAGCCCGAAAGGUAGUUCUGUACAAUGACAAUGGCGAGAGCGUUAGAGACAUUGAAGUUAGUUUUAAAGUCCAGUGUUUUGGUGUCUUUGAUAGAAAGAACUUCAUUUUGAGUGAUUACAGUGGAAAGUGUAUCUAUAAAUUGUCGCAUGAAGGAGAACUUACGAAACUUGUCAGUACCUCUCCUUUUAGUCCUAAUGGCAUCCGAGUAUUUUCAAAUGAUCAAGGAUUUGUCGUCUGCAUGGUAGGCACCAGUGGUGGGAAAGUUGUGCGUUACACGCAUGAUGGAAAAUCCCGAACGAAGACGUAUCAAAAGGAUGAACGUGGUCACCCUCUCUUUAAAUUCCCUCGAAGAGUCGUGGAUAACCUAAAUGAAGAUCUCAUAGUCGUAGACAUCAUGUUCAGAUCUGUCAUCUGCGUCAACAAAGAGGGAAACCUUCGCUGGAUUUACAAAGGAUCCCUCGAAAGCCGAAAAAAUGGGAUCGAAUUCGAUCCCUGGGAUCUUGCAGCAAAUUCAAAAGAAGAAAUUAUCGUAUCAAACACUAAGCCGAACACCAUUGAUGUUCUUAGCAAGGACGGGUUAUUUUUAAUGUAUGUAGUGACUAAAAUAGAUGGUAUAUCUAAUCCACUAGGAAUUUGUGUAGAUAGUGAGGGAAAACUCUGGGUGGGACAGGCAUCUGGAAAGGUUUGCAUCUACAAUUAUUUGAAUGAGAGCUGAGGGUCACUUUAUAGCUUAGCGAUCCCUUGUUUCAAAGACUACAACUAUUUUCUUUUUCUGGCGAUUUUAAGAAUACAAUGUAUUACUGCAGUAAAUGCUUGAUUCAUUAUUAUUUAUUUUAAA